AUGAGUCUGAAGCGGGGAGGCGGAGACCUGUCUUCGUUACUCUUCUGGUCGUUUCUGUUGCUUCCGGUGGCUCCUCUGAUCCUCAUCUCGCUACCGUUCUGUCUGCUAGUGCUAACCCUGCUCGUCAUCGGGGCAACACUCGCUUACACGUCGUUCGCCGGAACGUGCAUCGGCUGUGCGACUAUACUCUCACCGUUUCAAAGGAAGCUACCCGAGCCGAAGCGCAUUCGCUUGACGGACGGACGGCUUCUGGCGUGGCAGGAGUUUGGAGUCCCGCAGGGAAGUGCGCGUCACACGCUUCUUGUCGUCCACGCACCCCCUCUCUGCCGCACAGCGGGUUUUCCAGGUCUCAGCGAGGCGUUCUUUCAUCAACGGUCCAUCCGCGUAAUCUCGUUCGACCUCCCCGGCACAGGGUUCAGCGACCCUCUCCCUCUCCAGGCCACCACCACAACGGCAUCGUUCGCCUCUGCUGUUGCUGACGACAUCAAGCAGCUGGCCCAGCAGCUGCAUCUAGUACCCGGGCUGUGGAUAGUGGGCUUUGGCCUAGGCUCUCCUCUUGCUCAUGCUGCUGCUGAAAGGCUGGGUCAAGGGCUGGUAGCAGGGCUGUUGCUGCUGGGGCCACCAGGGGUUCUGAACACUGGCGAAGGUGGUGACACUAACGAGGAUAAUAGUGGCUGUGAAACGGGCAUGCAUAAGGAUGGUACACAUGUACAUGCGGGAAAGGAGGAGAGGCGUCCACGUGGUCAGCCAGCGAUGGUGAUGUCGCGGCAGCAGGCUGGCGGAGUGUGGCAGCUAGUGCAGCAGUCAUUUAGGGGACGCGUAGCAAGUGCUAUUUUGCGGAUAGUGGUUCCUCGUGUGCUGGUGCAGUCAGUGGUUGUGCUGCUCCGGACCUCACCUGCGAUUCUCAAGUGGAUUGUGACGGCCACUUCACUUCGUCCCAUUUCACCCCGCGUGGUUUCGCUUAUUUGUGAUGGCUUGCUGGAUGCACUUCAGCAGGGCGACCUUCCUUAUUUGCUGAACCUACUAGUCCUAACACUGCAACCCCACAGCACGCAGCCAUGUUCGUCUGCUAAUAACUCUGUUUACUCAGGGCCUAUCUACACCUAUAAGGUAUUUGAUGAUCCAAGGUCUCAAAACUUACUGCCGGAGGCGAUGCAGCGGAUCAAUCCUGCGACGAACGGCUUUGAGUUUGUCGUUCGGGGUGGCCUCGAGUCACCACAUUUAGCCAAUAUGAUUAACCUAGGUAUGAUCAAGAAGAAGCAACGGGAAGCAGCAGAAAGCAAUAAUGGCAGAGCUCCAGGAAGGAAACAGUCGGCUGGCGAGUUGAGAGUUCAAAAGGAUAUUUCCGAGUUGAAUCUUCCAACAACAACGAGCAUCGCCUUUCCAGAGGGAAAGGAUAACCUUCUGAAGUUUGAGAUUACGAUUAAGCCAGAUGAAGGCUACUACAUAGGAGGAACGUUCACUUUCAGCUUUGAGAUUCAACCUUCUUACCCUCAUGAAGCUCCCAAAGUGAAGUGCAAAACCAAGGUGUACCACCCAAACAUUGACCUAGAAGGGAAUGUUUGUUUAAACAUUUUGAGAGAAGACUGGAAGCCUGUUUUGAGCAUCAACUCUAUUGUCUACGGCUUGCAGUUUCUUUUCUUGGAUCCCAAUCCUGAUGAUCCACUGAACCAUGAAGCAGCAGAGGUUCUGCGCACCAAUCCACGGCAAUUUGACUACAAUGUGAAGAGGUCCAUGGCUGGUGGAUAUGUUGGAGGACAUUCAUUUCCUCGCUGCAUAUGA